AUGUGCUAUUACGGCAACUAUUAUGGCGGCCUGGGCUAUGGCUAUGGUGGCCUGGGUUGUGGCUACGGCUGUGGCUAUGGUGGCUAUGGUUAUGCCUGCCACCGUCCAUGCUGCUUUGGAAGAUACUGGUGUUCUGGCUUCUAUUGA